GCUGUGGAGUCCCUGCUGUCCAGCCUGUGCUGAGCGGCCUGGCCAGGAUUGUCAAUGGUGAGGACGCUGUCCCUGGCUCCUGGCCCUGGCAGGUGUCCCUGCAGGACAGAACUGGCUUCCACUUCUGCGGGGGCUCCCUCAUCAGCCCGGGCUGGGUAGUCACUGCUGCACACUGCGGUGUCACGACGUCUGAUGUGGUGGUAGCUGGGGAGUUUGACCAGGGCUCUGAUGCGGAGAAUGUGCAGGUCUUGAAGAUCGCAAAGGUUUUCAAGAACCCCAGCUUCAGCCUCUUAACUGUGCGCAACGACAUCACUCUGCUGAAGUUGUCCUCACCUGCCACGUUCUCCAAGACCGUGUCUGCUGUGUGCCUUCCCAAUGCCAAUGACGACUUCCCUGCUGGGACCCAGUGUGUCACCACUGGCUGGGGCAAGACCAAGUACAAUGCCAACAAGACCCCUGACAAGCUGCAGCAGGCGGUUCUGCCCCUCGUGUCCACUGCUGACUGCAGGAAGUACUGGGGGACCAGGGUCACUGACGUGAUGAUCUGUGCUGGGGCCAGUGGCGUCUCCUCCUGCAUGGGUGACUCUGGGGGCCCCCUGGUGUGCCAGAAGGAUGGAGCCUGGAACCUGGUAGGCAUCGUGUCCUGGGGCAGCAGCACCUGCUCCACCUCUACUCCUGCUGUGUAUGCUCGCGUCACUGCACUGCUGCCCUGGGUUCAGGAGAUCCUGGCAGCCAACUGAGCGUACUUCCUUGUACCCUCUUCUCCAGGGAUCCCCAAUAAA